UAAACCACUGUGCAUUUUUUACAAACAACAUGAAGAUUACCUCCCAUCAGCUGAUGAUAACCAGUCUCGUUUUCAGGUUCAACCUCAGGCUGAUCCCGCUUCUGCUGCUGUUUAUUGGAUACUCUCGCGGGAUGCCACACGUUUUAAGAUUUGGGGGAAUAUUUGAAUCCAUUGAGAGCGGCCCCUCCGGAGCAGAGGAACUAGCCUUUAAAUUUGCCUUGAACACAAUCAACAGGAACCGCACCCUGCUCCCCAACACCACACUCACCUAUGACAUCCAGAGAAUAAACAUCUUCGACAGCUUUGAGGCCUCCAGGAAAGCAUGUGACCAGCUCUCUCUGGGGGUUGCGGCCAUCUUCGGCCCCUCGCACAGCUCGUCGGCCAACGCGGUCCAGUCCAUCUGCAAUGCCCUGGGCGUUCCCCACAUCCAGACCAAGUGGAAACAUCAGGUGUCAGACAACAGGGACUCAUACUACGUCAGCCUGUACCCCGACUUCUCCUCCCUCAGCAGAGCCAUCCUCGACCUGGUGCACUUCUUCAAGUGGAGGACGGUCACGGUGGUCUAUGACGACAGCACAGGUCUCAUUCGACUGCAGGAGCUGAUCAAGGCCCCGUCACGAUACAACAUUCGUUUGAAGAUCCGACAGCUGCCCGCAGAGACCAAGGACGCCAAGCCACUUCUGAAAGAGAUGAAGAAGGCGAAAGAAUUCCAUGUAAUCUUUGAUUGCGGACAUGAGAUGGCCGCCUGGAUACUAAAACAGGCUCUGGCCAUGGGUAUGAUGACAGAAUACUACCAUUAUAUUUUCACCACCCUGGACCUUUUCGCUCUGGACAUGGAACCGUAUCGCUACAGCGGAGUCAACAUGACGGGCUUCCGCAUCCUUAACACAGAAAACUCUCAGGUUUCGUCAAUCAUUGAGAAGUGGUCCAUGGAGCGGCUACAAGCCCCACCCAAACCAGACUCAGGCCUGCUGGAUGGAUUCAUGACGACGGACGCGGCGCUGAUGUACGACGCCGUGCAUGUGGUGGCGGUGGCGGUGCAGCAGUCGCAGCAGAUCACCGUCAGCUCCCUGCAGUGUAACCGCCACAAGCCCUGGCGCUUCGGGGGACGCUUCAUCAGCCUCAUCAAGGAGGCACACUGGGAUGGUCUGACUGGACGGGUUCUCUUCAACAAGACCAACGGACUGAGGACAGACUUUGACCUGGAUGUCAUUAGUCUGAAGGAGGAAGGACUGGAAAAGAUUGGAACAUGGGACCCUCCCAGCGGUCUGAAUAUGACAGAGACUCACAAAAGCAAGACAUCCAACAUCACUGACUCUCUGGCUAACAAAUCCCUGCGCGUCUCCACCAUACUGGAGGAGCCGUAUGUGAUGUUUAAGAAGUCAGACAAGCCUCUGUACGGGAAUGACCGUUUCGAGGGCUACUGCAUCGACCUGCUGAGGGAGCUCUCCGGCAUCCUGGGCUUCCGCUACGAGGUGCGAUUGGUGGAGGACGGCAAAUACGGCGCGCUGGAGGAGAGCACAGGCCAAUGGAACGGCAUGGUGCGGGAGCUCAUGGACCACAAAGCAGACUUGGCAGUGGCUCCCUUGGCCAUCACCUACGUCAGAGAGAAGGUCAUCGACUUCUCCAAGCCCUUCAUGACACUGGGGAUAAGUAUCCUGUACCGCAAGCCCAACGGGACCAACCCCGGGGUCUUCUCCUUCCUCAACCCCCUCUCACCCGAUAUCUGGAUGUAUAUUCUGCUGGCUUGCUUGGGUGUCAGUUGUGUGCUGUUUGUCAUAGCCAGGUUUAGCCCGUACGAGUGGUACAACCCGCAUCCGUGCAACCCAGACUCAGACGUAGUGGAAAACAAUUUUACGCUGCUCAAUAGUUUCUGGUUUGGAGUUGGGGCUCUCAUGCAGCAAGGCUCAGAGCUCAUGCCCAAGGCCCUGUCAACUCGAAUAGUGGGAGGCAUCUGGUGGUUCUUCACCCUCAUCAUCAUUUCCUCCUACACGGCCAACUUGGCCGCUUUUCUCACUGUGGAGAGGAUGGAGUCACCCAUAGACUCGGCCGAUGACUUGGCCAAGCAAACCAAGAUUCUCUAUGGGGUGGUGGAGGACGGAUCCACCAUGACCUUCUUCAAGAAGACCAAGAUCUCUACUUAUGACAAAAUGUGGGAGUUCAUGAACAGCAGGAGGCAAUCUGUCAUGGUCAAGAACGUGGAGGAGGGCAUCCAGCGCGUCUUGACCUCCGACUACGCCUUCCUCAUGGAGUCCACCACCAUUGAGUUCGUCACCCAGCGCAACUGCAACCUCACACAGAUAGGGGGCCUCAUAGACUCCAAGGCUUAUGGAGUGGGAACACCGAUGGGCUCUCCAUACAGGGACAAGAUCACCAUAGCCAUUCUGCAGCUGCAGGAGGAAGGGAAGCUGCACAUGAUGAAGGAGAAGUGGUGGAGAGGGAAUGGCUGUCCAGAGGAGGAGAGCAAAGAGGCCAGCGCUCUGGGGGUGCAGAACAUCGGAGGGAUCUUCAUCGUGCUGGCUGCAGGACUGGUGCUGUCUGUGUUUGUGGCUGUAGGGGAAGUCCUUUAUAAGUCCAAACAGAACGCUCAGCUGGAAAAGCGGUCGUUCUGCAGUGCCAUGGUGGACGAGCUGCGGGUGUCCCUGAAGUGCCAGCGCCGUCUCAAACAGAAGCCUCAGCCGCCCGUCAUCGUUAAGACAGAAGAGGUCAUUAACAUGCACACGUUCAACGACAGGAGACUCCCGGGAAAGGAAACCAUGGCCUGAACGCUGAGCGCGUCCUGAACACACCCUGAACACGCCCCUCAGUACAACCGGGGAGAGGGCGAGGGGGUCGAAUUACCGCUGACUUAACCAGGGACAUAGGUUAGCAGUCAAAACAGUAUUCCUUUUGCCCCCACUUGCUUUUGUAGACAGAUGUUUCCUGUGGAAAUAUAGAUACCUGGGCAGUGUCACCUCACUGUGACGAUCACUUUUUGGGAGGAGUUUCAUGGUGAUGGGAGGGAUCAGAAAAGGACGGAUUCAUGGGUCGGGGUGGUCUGUACGUGGACUGAAAGGGGACCCAAGCGGGUUUGGGACAAAAUAUAGGUCUAUUCCUUACCGGCGGUGGAUUUACACACACACAUAUACACACAUAAACACACUCAUACACUUGACAAGUGCGCAGAAGGGGAAACUAUUGUGACAGUAACACCUCGAGAUGAGUUUGAUAUAGUUUCUUCUGUUGAUGUCAAUACACUUUUGUCUUAUCUCCAUGUGUGUGACCCCAUUGGUACCUCCCUUCAAUGGCCUGAAUUCCUUUGAAAUGCUUUUUAUCAAACACUGAUCAUGAGAGGAAAAGGAAUGUUAGUCAGUGCCAAACGGUUAACUGCGGACUGAUGUAUAAAAGAGCUAUUUACUUUGGAUUCAUCGACGCUGACCUUGUUGAAAUACUCAUCGUUUUCUUCUGUAAUGCCUUUAUCGUGCCAAAGUUCUGCCAUUGUAAUGAACUUUCUGCCAUGCCUAUUACGUUUAAUGCCUCUACAAGCAAUGUAUACUGUCGAAAUUCUCAUUCAUGUCCGUCCUGACACACAGUCUGCAGUUUUCAGUCUGUACCAGUUGUUGUUUAAAAGCAGGAUUUCUACAAAAAUGUUUGUUUUUGUACAAGAACAAGUUUUGUAGUACUUUGUAUCAUGGUAGCCCCUCCUGUGGACAUAAUAUGUAGCAGAUACCCACUCGGCCCUCCAAUUCAGACAACUGGCGGCUGUAGGGCCUCAAACUCUGCUGUGUAGGGUUCAUCUCUCUCAUCUUUCAGAGCUUCGGUCUCUUGUCAGCUCUGUUCAAUGUUGUGAGAUGACAAGCAUACUUGGUAGGUUACCGUAUCAUGGCCCCUGUCUUCCUACCCUACUAGUAUAAUCAUUCAGAUUUCAUUUCCGAGGAUUUUCGAGAUUAAACCCGCACACACACACAUACCCAAAGGCCACUGCUACUGGCAUCGACAUCUCUGCUGUACAUGUAUGGAAAUUAACGCGUUAUUGAAAACACACACAGAUACACUUGAUGAGAAGUGACGGAGAAGACACAGACCUGAAACUAUUUGGUGUUCUACCAGUAUUGCUUGUCAUUUUCCACCCAGCUAGAGCUAGUGGUACAAGUGUAAACGAAUGAAAAACCUGGAAACAUGUAUCAGAAAAGAAUCUUAAGAGGCUGUCUUGUUGAAAUCAAAAAAUGAGCUCACGGAGUUUGUUUGACAUUGAUGCAAGGUUUUACAAAUAAUGUCAUUAAAAAAAAAAGUCAUGGUUGUUUA